CGGGUUUUACUCGGCUUGCUCCUUGAAUGAAACCGCUUUACGACAGUCGCCACGACACUACUCACUUACUUUACGAGUCUCUUGGAGGCUGAUUCAAAAUGGAGUAGGGUUUACAGGCACUAAUCCCAGCCUAACCGAAUAGCUUUACAGUCGUAGUAUUAAUUGUUUCUUACAGAAACCGGUUGUCGAUUUAUUAUCUAAAUAAAACUACGAGCCCCGGUAAAAAUGACAGAAGAAAAGAAGUCCAGCUCUCUCGGUUUCUUUUCGAGCUACGACGAUUUGAGCGACAGCAGCGAUGUCAGCGACUCCGACGAGGAGGGAGAAAGUCGGAAGAAGAAAGCCGGGACGGAUGCUGCGGGAAGCGGAGCCCAGUCCUCCCAACACGGCACCAAACGAGCCGCCGGCGGAGCUCCGCUGCCCAAACCCGACGAGCUGUUCGGCUCCGUGUCCAAGCCCGCCUUCCUCUACAACCCGCUGAACAAGGAGAUCGACUGGGAGAGCCUCACGGUCAAAGCUCCGGAGGAGCCCGCCAGAGAGUUCAAGCCAUGGAAGACCAACGCUGUGCCCCCUCCGGAGAGCUACACCCCGGAGCCCGAGAAGAAGAAGGGACCCCCUCCGGGCAUGGACAUGGCCAUCAAGUGGUCCAAUGUGUACGAGGACAACGGGGAAGACGCACCACAGCCGUUCACCGGCAACGCCCGCUUCCUACCCACCGAGGAGGAGCACCCGGAAUCAGACGAGGACUCGGACAAGCUGGACCUGUCUGCCAAGAAACGCCGAGUGGAGACCUUCAAGCAGAAGGAGAAGAGGAAGAGGGACAUGGGUCAGGCGACCUCCGACAAGAACUUCGUGGAGGAGGAGAAGAGGAUCCUCCGGCAAAAUAUCGAUUGAGGCCGGAGACCCUCGAUCCCGUUUCUAAUUUAAAUAUUUUAUGUCGGCUGAAAAACGCUCACAGAUAUAAAAGCACAGUGGUCAAGUAGGUGGUGUGCCGCGAACAUAAAUAGGCAUUUUUUUACCUACACAUUGACAUAAUUUGCAAUAUUAUCCUAGUAUUUGUUUUGUGACUGUCGGCAGACUUUUAAAAGUUUAGAGUUAAUGACGGUCCCGCUGAUCAUGUUUCAAUCUGAAGAACUCAGGUUCUGGUAAACCUUCACGGACUAUUUUCCCCAAGUUUAAGGAAAAUUCAGGUGUUUUACAGUCUGGGUUGUAUUUUCAUCGUGUGUUUUUUUUCUUCUUCUUCAUCCGUCUUCGAUAUUACCCACCAGCCCUCUUCAUCGGGACGAGGGUUAUCACAGCUUUACAACGCGCACUGGGCAUUACCAAAACCAGUGGUGAGGCGGGUUUCGUUCCCAGUCGGGUCGUCACCUUCGCUUUACUUCCGAAUAUGUAGUCUAGACGUCGAGGUGAAGCGAGAAGUUUAAUAAACCUGCCCUGUUUUUUUUUGGUGAAUACAAUGUUAUCAUAACCUAAUAUUGACGAAGACCAAAAGGGCAACACAUGAUUUAACUUGUUAGAGAGCUGGGGACACAUUGAACACACAGGAAACAUGAUAAACGCGGUUAGUUGGCUUUGCCUCUCGUUUUGCUUUUAUUUUAAUGAGCUAAAAAUAACAGUGAAGUCCAGCUGUGGUGGUUUUGCUUGGUCUGUGUCCGUCUUGUACUGUAUAAAAAUAUAUAAUCACCACUGACAUAUGGAUUAUAUGCGUGUUGUGUUCAUACAGUGACUUUCCUAUAAAACAAAAAAGUGAUUAAAAAUGGCUGAAUCUUGAAAUGACAUAAUUUCUUCUUUUUUUUUUACAAAUACUUGUUCUUCCUGCUUAUGAACACUAGGUGUCGCCCAUGAGCUACAUUAGAAACCAGUCCCUCCGUGUGUAGGGGCGUGUGCUUCCCUUUGUGUACCACCAGGGGUCAGUGUUGCGCUCUUUAGGGGGAGUUCUCUCAUCUCGGUUCUCUUGAGCUACUCGAUGUAGACGGACCGUCGAUUGAGUCUCAUGUACCUUUUGUUGCGCAACACUUUUCGACAUCUGUGAAAAUAAAAUAAAACGUCUUGCAUGUUUAGUAUCCAAAUGUU